AUGCCCCCCGGUGAACUCCCGGCCAGCUUGGUCGCAGGCAAACCCACACCGACUUUAAAUACCUCGGGCUACGGGGGCAGCUACUCGAAAAACACACCUACCUCACCUGAAGACAGUUUAAUUCCAUUUGACUCACCCACCACGCGCACGGCAGGAAACCAUAGCCCGCUCAGUCAGGAUGAUCGCCCCGGUCGUGGAUUAGAACCUGAACAUUCAGGCUAUCGGGAUCGAUCCAAUGCGAGAGAUCGAUCGCGUACCAAUGGACGAUCACACAACAAGUCACCUGGCUCCUCACGCAUCUGCCAAAAGUGCAAUGAGCCACUGACUGGUCAAUUUGUUCGAGCGCUGGGUGGUACAUUCCAUCUUGAGUGUUUCAAGUGCGAGGAUUGUGGUGAGAUUGUUGCUUCCAAAUUCUUCCCAGUCGAUUCGGAGGACCAUAGCGUCCAGUUUCCCUUGUGCGAGACCGACUACUUUCGACGAUUGAACCUGUUGUGCCAUGAUUGUGGUGGUGCCUUGCGCGGUUCCUAUAUCACCGCAUUAGAUCGCAAGUACCAUAUUGAACAUUUUACCUGCUCAGUAUGUCCCACCGUGUUUGGAGCCCAGGAUUCGUACUAUGAGCACGAGGGCAAGGUUUAUUGUCACUUCCAUUAUUCGACGCAUUUCGCACAGCGGUGUCAUGGCUGCCACACUGCGAUUCUCAAGCAAUUUGUCGAGAUCUUCCGCAACGGUCAAAAUCAACAUUGGCACCCGGAGUGCUACAUGAUUCACAAGUUCUGGAACGUGCGGCUGUCUCCUGCUGGUCAAGCGUGGGAGACACCACCGCUUGAUGAAGAUGCCACUCCCGAGGAACGAGAGCGCAUUCGCCGGGAAGAGGAUACGAUGGAAGAGAAGGUUUACAACAUUUGGAGCACACUUUCGACCUUCGAAGAAUCAUCAGCCGCUUGCAUAUCCGACAUGCUGUUACACGUCAGUAAUGGCGUCUAUAUUGAUGGAGUUCUCGUGGCCAAAAGGUUCAUCGCUCAUGUGGAGAUUCUCUUCACUGCUGUAGAUGAACUGGCUACCUUUAUCAAGUCUCAAGGAGCGAAAGAACUGUCAUAUGGUCGGGAAGCAAAAUUGCUUUGCAAAAAGAUCGUGGCUUUCUUUGCUCUGUUGUCGAAAACCCAGGAGACUGGAGUUCGGAAACUUGGCGUAACACAAGAGCUUCUGUCACUGGUGACGGGUCUUGCCCACUAUCUCAAGCUACUUAUUCGCAUCGGCCUCCAGGGUGCUUUGAAGCUCGAACGGGAGAAAUCAGCACCUGAUGGUCUGCAUGAGUUCCUGGGCCAUCUUGCAAACACAGAAUCUCUCGCCCAGCCAGAGGAUGACGGUAGACCAAUUGACCUCAAUGCUGGGGUGGAAGGUCUGGCAGACCAACUUUCAGACUGUUGCAUUCAAUGUAAGGAACCCAUCGAUGAUGAGUGUCUUCUUUUGGAAGACAAGCGUUGGCAUCUUAAGCCUCCCCAUCUAUCAUGCUCCUCUUGUGAGAAAGAUUUGAGUGCUGAGCUGCCUGACGCCCUCUGGAGUGAGACUGAGAAAUGCAUCUAUUGCUCGGCAUGUGCUGAUCAGCAUAAUGUGGCAUCUACCGCCCAAACCGGGUUCAUCCAAGUGACAAAGUUGCAGCAGUUUGUGUUCCUACUGAGAGUUGCCCUGGCCAGAUUGCUUGCUGUGCUUCGCGCGGGUGGCACAUUACCUCACACCUCGGAUGAUCCCAAUCUUAACGAGUAUCAAAACAAGGAAGGCCACCGAGCACAGCCUGGCGAGCCUCGCCGAGCCAACACACGUUCAAUGUCGUAUAGCGCUGGUGGUCGUGAGGGAAUGGCAGAAUCGUCACUCGAGCAGACUGUCGGUGAGAUGCGCAGACUACGCUCGAUCCGCAACGAACGCACCUUAUCCACGACGUACAAGAAAGCUCGGGCAUCCCGAAUUAUUGACGGUCCCGAGGGCAGAAGUGCACGACCAGGAUCAUCUGGCAAUGACGGUAGCGAUCCUAGAGGUCCCGGAUUCCAGAUCGUCGAGGAGAGAGAUGCCAAUGGCGAUACUGUCAAGGAUUUGACAUUUGGCGCCCAAGAUGCACUUACGUUGGACGACAUCCCGCGGAUUGUGGCCGCCGAGCAGGCCAAGGAACAGCGGCCCAAUGCAUACAGACACGCCGGAUCAAAACUUGUGGCGCCCCAGGAGCCGAUGCCUGUCUACAAGGCCGGUCAUCAACGAGAGAUGUCGACAGGCAGAUUGGAUAUGAUGUUGGAACCUGCAACGCGCACCAAGCGAUACUUCUCCGAGCUCACAGCUUUGGAAUAUUUCAUCGUGCGCCACGUUGCUGUGCUGUCAAUGGAGCCACUGCUAGAAGGCCAAUUCAACAUGGAAGAGUUACUCUCUCUCAUCGAGUCUCGUAAGCCAACUGUCUGGAACAUCUUUGGCCGUGCCUUCAAGGAUAACAAGAAGGCGGGCAAGAGGAAGGGUAUCUUCGGUGUAUCCCUGGACUACCUGGUUGAGAAGGAAGGGGGAACCGAAUCUAGCCAUGGUGUUGGACCGGGGGCUUUGCGCAUUCCCGCGGUUGUGGACGAUGCCGUCUCUGCCAUGCGACAAAUGGACAUGUCCGUUGAGGGUGUCUUCCGAAAGAACGGUAACAUUCGACGACUGAAGGAUCUUGCAGAGCUUAUCGACAAGAAGUAUGAAUCUGUCGAUAUGACCAAAGAGAAUCCUGUGCAGAUCGCAGCUCUGUUGAAAAAAUUCCUUCGUGAGAUGCCGGAUCCAUUGUUGACCUUCAAAUUACACCGUCUUUGGGUGGCCGCACAAAAAUUGCCUGAUCCGGAGAAGCAAAAGCGACUCCUGCACCUUACGUGCUGUCUUCUCCCCAAGGCUCACCGUGAUACAAUGGAAGUAUUAUUCUCCUUCCUCAACUGGACAUCAUCCUUCUCGCAUGUGGAUGAGGAUUCGGGAAGCAAGAUGGAUAUCCACAACCUUGCAACAGUCAUUACCCCCAACAUUCUCUAUCCCAAUGCCAAGACCAGCACCGUGGAUGAGAGCUUUUUGGCUAUCGAGGCAGUUAAUGCUUUAAUUACGUAUAACGACAAUAUGUGCGAGAUUCCCGAGGACCUGCAAUCCAUCCUCAGCGAUCCUACGCUGUUCAGAGAGAACGCCGAAGUCACCACAAAGGAGAUUCUUAAACGCUAUGGUGAUAUUGCCCGUGGAAGCUUCUCAACACGACCCGACAAUGGUGGCGAGACUUUCACGAUCACCAAUUCCAACCGACACAACACUCCAACCUCGGCUCGUAUCGAAUCCGAUCCUUCUCAAGACGCAGCCUGGCAAAUGCAAAGCUCCGUUCGCCAUGUGCCUGGGCCGAGCGGCCACUCUCAUUCAACGAGUGCUGCCCCCCAAGCCGGGCUGGAUUUUGUACCACCAGAGCCUAGCUACCGUCGUGACCGCAGUACCAGCAAUGGCAGUCAACAAAAUGCCGAUGGCCAGUCACAGAAUGUUCCCUAUCGACCUCGUCCUAGUCCAGGUGCUAUGGGCGUCACAGGGUAG